AUGUUUUUGCAUUUGUCGGGUUAUUUGAAUCGCGGAUCCUCAAGAUCUCCAAACAGUAUAAUAGCAAAAGAAGAAAGUCCAAAAGAAUAUCAGCUCACGAGAGACGAAUUCGAAUUCACAAAAGAAUAUUUAAAUAAGGAUUUUAAAAAAUACGAUCAUUUAGAAUCGGAUAUAAGGGAUAUAUAUAAAAAAUUAGAUUACGAGGAUUACGAGAGGCAUAGUAAGAAGAAAAAAGACGGAUAUGACGUUUCGGGGGUUGCAAAACUAUCGAAAAUAGAAAUCGAAAGAUUGCGUAAAAGUUUAUUCAACGAAUCCGAUAACGGUGAUAAUAAUUAUUACGGUGAUAAUAUAAACGUGAAAACCACACUCGUCGUCGGCGGCUCAUCACCAUCACCAUCAUCAUCAUCAUUAUCUAGUAGUGGUAGUAAAAAAACUACGGAUUUACGAGACUACGAAUUACAAAAACCGGAUUACAUAAUUAAAAAUUCAGAAUUUUUACAAAAGAGCAACGAACUCUUAUCAAAAAUAAUAACAAAAGAAAGAAAUUAUAAAAAACCGGAAGGAAGUGUCGUCAUUGGUGGCGGUGGUGGCGGUAGCGGUAGCGGUAGCGGUGUCGGCGGUAUUAACGGUAGUGGCGGUGUCGGUAGUGGUAGUAUAAGAGAUAUAGAUAAUCGUUUGAUAUCGGAUUAUAAUCGGAUUAAAAUAUUAAAAGACUCAACGUCGUCGUCGUCGUCAUCUUCGGGCGGCAGUAACGGAUUAAGGUCGAAAGAUGAAUUAAGCUUGCAAAAUUAUUGCGGGUCGAUACGAUUGCGAACGGGUAGUUUAAGUCGAAGUUACGACGAUAAAGAUUCCGAUAAGUUAAAAUACGAUAUUGAUAACGUGAGAUUGGACAAACAUCAUUCGCAUCAUCAUCAUCAUCACCAUCAACAGCAUCAGCAUCACCAUCAUCAUCAUCAUCGUCAAAAUGAUAAAAAUUACAGCACGUCAGAAGAUGAAAGCAUCGACAGGACGACAGGAAUUGAAAAAAAUGUUGAUGGUAUAUCGGGUUAUACAAAAGGAAUUGCUUAUUUAUUAGCGGGAUACAACAACCAAGGGUGA